CAGGACGUUGCUGUUUGUGUUUAAACGUUCCAGCGGGAGGAUGGGGUGAAGAGCGUGAAAUAAGAGUGUUUUUUCUCCCCCCGGCGGUGAUCAAUUCCCCGAUUGGAGGGCGACCCCGCGGAGCAGCUUGGAUUGAAAAGCGAUUCGCGAUGGUGCCGUCGCGGUGCGUGAAAAGCGAGUACAUGAAGUGCUUUAAAGAACCGAAAUGGGAGGCGUGCGGCCCCUGCUACCAAGAGUUACUGCGCUACCGCCUGAGUCGACGCCUCUUAGAACAGGCGCAUCGGCCUUGGUUUUGGGAUGAUUGGGAACAGGACGGCAGCCUGAACGGAAGCGGCGGCAGCGGCAGUUCCCCAUCGUCCCAGGGCACUUCCAGCCCUCCAGUUGUCCGCCAGCCAGAGGAGGAAGCGGCGCGUCCUGCAGGAGAAACCGAAGUCCCCGGCGGAGAUCUGGGUCUCGACAGGAUCGGCGCGCCUGGAGAGGAUGAGGCUUCCAGGCCGGCGCCGGCGGAGCCCCCCGGCGGACCCGAGAUUGAUGAUCAAAAACAAUCCAAAGAGAAGGCUGUUGUCAAGAAAGAUGAAAGGAAAACUGCAAGAAAAGGAAUCGGCAGUUCAAUAAGUUGUCCGCAAAAGCAGCCUUUGAGUCAGAAGAGUGCUUCUGGCAGGCAAGGUGACCGAAGCGGAGCAAAAAGCCCACAAAGGACAGAAACAACAUUGGAAAUAAAACACCCAUUUGCUUUAUAUGGCUGGGGUGAAAAGCAGACUGACACAGGCAGUCAGAAGACACACAACGUACGGGCAUCUGCUUCAGUAAAUGAAGUAAGCGAAAGAAAUACACGAAUCUGCAUUAAGAGCAAAGAACAGAAGACAAGUGGAAAAAAGGAAACUACCACAAAGACGGAUACACACAGCAGAAGUAGAAAGAACAUGGAGAACCAAGCCUUCAGGUCCAGACAAUCCAUGGAUGACAGAAUACAUGAGGUGUUACUCAGCACGAGCUCGGUGAUGGGACUUCUACUUUUUUAAAAAAUUCAGAGUGCUUUGAAAAUGACCAGGACACCAGUAGAAAACUCCAGACUAUUAUGCAAGGGUUUUCCAUUUUUUACAAACGGGUUUUUUUUCCAGCAGUUUGUUACAUUUAUUUAUAUUUUGACUACUUAACCUUUGCAGCAGAAGGGGAUCCAUAUUGAUGAGAACUGUUUACCAAUAUAGGUCCCUUACUAGAUUUAUUUACUUAUUUUUAAAGGAAAAUGUCAAGAAUUGACCUUCAUCCAAAAAAACUAAAAUUGAGUAAUAAUUUUUUAAAUAAAGCAACUCAAUAUUUUCUUGAAAUGUCUUUCUUCUCUAUAGUUAUUGAAUAUACCAAUCCUGUGCCAAUAGAAAAGUGGUUGCACCUGAGUUACAUUGAAAGCAUCCAACUUUCAGUGCAAUUUAUUGUAAAAAUAAUCAUGAAAACUUGACAGCAACUGAUUUGUAAAGAUUCUUUCUGAACAAAUGAAGGUCCCAUUAAAUUAUGAUAUGAGCUGAUUGGCAAUAAUUUAUAAAAGGACUGCACACUUUACAAACUAGCAAGUAAAGAAUGUUUUGUGGAGGCUGACCAUUGGAUUCCUUAGACAACUCACUGGUUUCCUCCCUGGAGUUGCCAAAAUGAGGUUGUCGUUUAUCCAGCUUAAUAAAAUCACAAAGAGGACUAAAAGACAUGAGUUUUUGCAGAGCUAUCUGUGGAAAACCUAUACCUGGAAAUGUUAGGAGUGUUUUUAGAACACAGAAAAAUGACUCCUUUUCAUAAAUGUAUAGUGACUUUUGAGGUUUGCAUUCCUGCUGUAGAUGUUGUGACAAUACAAAAUUGAACAUUUUGGUGCAGUAGAUUAGUAAUAUCCUGUGACUGUGGUUUUGAACAUUUGCUAUCAUGAACCCAUUGUACCAAAUGACAGAUAAAGACAAUCAUUAAUUGUGAUGGGCUACUGAGUAGUUGGUAGAAAGUAAAUGGUUUUAAACUUUUUUUGUAGUAAAAUAUUUCAAUUUGAGUGGACUUAAAUACAUUCAGUGAACAGUUUUGCUAGAUAAGGCUUUUGCACAGUGACUUUUAUAACAUUAAAAUUCUGGAUUUGUUUCAUUUGCCUGUUUAAUCAAGCUGGGGUAUAUUCUGUGUCAAGGCUCAGGUGACAUUGCAAAUUUUACUGUACUCCAAUGUAUCACACAUUUCUGGUUUUUUUAAAGUGAUUUUUCUAUACAGGAAGAAGCCAUUGGCAAUCAUGAAAGUGCAACAUACUUGAAAGAUUGUACCGCAGAAUGAAACUACUUGUGAUUUUUAACUUUGAAAUAAAAGAUUUUUCAGUCUCAGUAAUUGUUUCUUCAGAUCUUGAAAAAAAAUUGGAUUUAAAGAUACAUCAAGUACAGAUCUUUGUAAAACCUGUCAUUAGUUACCAACAGUAAGACCGUAACUAACUCAUUUUUCAACUCAUUUUUGUGCAGAACAAACUGUUCAUUCUGAAGAAUAGGAUAUAUUCAUUACAUUUAGAUACUAUCUUUCCAGGAACCAAGAAAAUCCUGUAUUCAUUGCAUUGACUUUCCAUUUUUCCUGCAAAUUAUCCUAUGGAUGAGGGGCUGAGCCUCCCCCCUAACAGAUCCAAAGUUAUCUAGUGAGCUUCCAGUGUUGUGGAAAGCGAAACUGAUUUCCACUCCAACAAUUCAACUACUGUAUUACAAGUGUUAUUUUACCUCUUCUAUAGUUGCAUGUGGCUUUAUUUCCAUCUAUAGAUAUAUGUAAUUGAACUUUUUUUUGAAUGGUGGUUUGUUUCCUCAAUCUUCAGUGUAUCAAAUUAAUGAAUUUGAACAAUACGUGGCUUCAGCAUAAAAUGACUAUCACUCGUAUGCACCAGAGGGGGGCUAGAAAAUGUCAAGAAAAUCCUAGGGCUUGAAAAAUGUACAAAACUCACACCCUAAAGGGCACUUUCAAUACCAGCUUUUUGAGAAUAGAAUAUGUACUGUAACGAUACACUCCUGAUUAGGAAGCAGUUAGAACAGAAGGGAAAAAAAUAUUUGGAGAAAUAGAACAAGCGCCUGGCUGAACACGGUUUCAAUCUGCUGAUUAGAUGGAUUAUUUUUGUUUAAUAAGUUUCAGUAUGAGAACAGUCAUAAAAUAAAGUGUGUAAGUCUCUUUAUCUAAAUGCUGAUUUAUGCAAUUGUGGUUCUUCCAGUGGGUCUGUGCAGCUUUCAGUUGACAAAUGCAUGAACUUGCAAAUGGCACUUUAGUGUAUAGAUCAACUAUUCCAACUGAUGUGUACUUUAACAUAAUGUGCACUGUAGAUAUUUGCCUCUGUAUGUACCUUUGUUCAAAUAUUUUCCCAUAUCUCAGUUGAACAAUUAUUCUUUUAUUUAAUGCAUUUCUUACUCACUUUUGAAGAAAGAGGUCUUCCUAACUGGAACAAAUGAUCACUAAUGAAUGCUUCUUUUUCUUUCUCUCUCUUUACUAUAGUAACAAGUGAAUGUCUUUAAUAAAUUAAAGUGGCUUUUUCCCUCAAGCUUCUCAUGUGAAAUCUAUAUUUAUCACUUAUGCUCUGGUAAGCCAACAUUAGUAUUGGUUAAAAUACAGUAUAAAUUAAGUAGAUUUUAGGUGUUGAGAAGUUUCCUCUUGUGUCAACUUUAAUACCAGCAGAAAAAUAACGGGAUGUAUCACAAUAUCCCUGCUGCUUGAAAUAUAGCCAUUUCCCUAAAAACUGCUACAAAAUCCUUGCUAGGUGCAUUCUCCCCACCCCUAGUCGUGGUGCCUGUUUCACAUAGAAAUCACUAAUCUUAAACAGUAAAUGCAUUUAAAGUGAACUAUAGACAUCUACUGAAAUCUUUAUUCCAGAAUGGCAUUAAAGAUGAGCUGUACGUUUUUUUUUUCUUAAGUGCACCUAGAGUAACCAUGCUAGAGAUAAAAUGUUCUGUAUUGGCUCGUGGAAGUAGUGCAUACAUUGUACUGGCAUUACUUCUUUCCCAUCAACUUUGGGAGGAAUCUUAUAUGGGGCUUUAUCAGUUUAUGACUUCAGGGUUAACGGGGAUAAUAACAUAGUUCUUCAAGAAGCAUAGCUCAAAAUCAAACUACAGUUUGUAGCUGGGUGGGAUUACUGAGCCCUAGGACUUGCUGAUCAAAGGGAAGGCAUUUUCACCGAAAGCCAUAAAUUUGACAGUCACUGUUCCUAUAUACAAUCAAUUUAAAAAGAAUGAAGGGGUAAAAAGGUUAGAAAUCAGAGGUACCAUAUAUAUUUUCUCAAUUAUUGGGAGCACUGAAAUCACUUUAAAGCCUGAAAAAAUUAAAAGCUUGGAGCAGUAUGUGACUUGGAAUGUUUCUAAAUGGUAUGUGUUUCUCAUACUUUUGUGGACUUUAAAUGUAACUGUACUCACAUGAUUUUGAACAUGGGAAUAAAAAUGAUUUGAAAAAUUCAGACAAA